GUUUGCACCAACAGUUUUGUUGGUUUAUUGGAUAAAAUGUACUACAGUAAUGCCUGAAGCUGCAAUAUCAUCUCAGGGACAGAGACUGCAGAGUCUAUUUGUUGCUUUUCAUGUUUCCAGAAACACCAACUGUUGGAUACUUCUAGAUCUUUCUUCUCCUUAACUCUUCAAAUGUUCCUGCUUUCCUGAUCAAGAUGACCACUAAAGACCUGCCAUCUGACAAGAUUUACGCCAAAGCCUUAGCCAAGGCUCUGACUAAGGUGGCCUCUCCUCUGACGGUGGGGCUGUAUUCGUCAUGCAACAGUCGAAUCAACAUGGUUCUUAAAAAUAUUGAAAUGGAACUGGAGCAUGAGGCCCAGAGAAAAGAGAGGAAGUCGCAAGGUAGAUCAAAGCCUCGGGCUGUCCAGCCCUCUCUCUGCAACCUCCUGGCUCUCAUCUCGCGCCUUCUCUUCUACCGACCCGUGUGGACCGAAGACAACCAAGAUCAGAGAAACAUCCGCUUCGUGUUCGUGAGGUUCAGCGCCUGGCACUUCGCCGGCAGUGAUCUACUCUGGGCAGGACUGGUCAUGCGACUCUGCGUGGCGCUCCAGCAGAAAUUUGGUCAACUCCAACUCGGCCUGUAUCGCAUGGCACAGCACGAUGAGGAGGAGGCUGAGCAUAAAAAGGAUGUGGAGGACAGCAUAGCAAGCUGGAGGUCUAAAAAGAUCUGCUGUUUUCCUCUCUGGCUGCUGGUUUCCUUUGUUUUUACUGCAGCAAUUGUCAUCUUGGCUCUUCUUAUCAAGUUUGGCUUUCCCACACAACCAAACAACCAAACAAGUGGAGAUUCCGGAGGAGGAGAAGACGACAGUGGUGGAUUUGGUGUGUUAGAAGGGUUUGCCAUCGCUACCCUUGGCGUUCCGGCAGCCGGAGCGGCGCGAUUCACGUUCAUGCUGGGCAAAAACCUUGUGUUCAACCAGGACCUCAACAUCAGGAGAAACAUGGACAACCAGAAGAUGAGCGAGCAGCUGGGCUUCAUGAACGAGGUGCGGAAGGAGGUUAGGAUGCUCUCUCGCUUCAUCCACUUCAUGGAGAUCUUCGAGCGGAGGAAGAUCCGCAUCGUGCUGGAAAUCACCAACCUCGAUCGCUGCACACCGCAGAAAAUCGUAGGUGUCCUCGAUGCCAUCAACAUUCUGCUUUCCGAUGAGGAGACCCCGUUCAUUUCCCUGUUGGCUGUGGACCCCGAAGUUCUUACCGAGCAGGUGAAGAAUGCUGAGUGUUGCUACAGUAAGAGGGACCAGGCUUUCGGCUUCCUGGAUCGCAUAAUCACCCUUCCCUUCACAGUGGCUCCACUCUGCGACGAAUCAAAGCGCAAGGUGUUCUGGAACAUCUCCUGUGGCAACUCUGAGAUUCCGGAGUGUUCUCCCCAGAAGGAUGAAGAGAUACCUACAAUUUUGGAGGAUCAGUCAAAAAGAUCCAUGUCUUCGAUAGAGGAGUCCUCACUGAACGGCAAAGGACAUUUUGAGGAGGCCUUGCUACCAUUAACGACACAAAACCACAAAGCCGAAGACCUGAAGGAGGAGGAGAUGGAGCGUCAGAUUCAAGCUGCCUUUCACAGCGUUCUCCGGCCCACUGUGAGCCCACUCCAUGAGUAUCUCUCUGGUGACACCAUGUCAAUGAGGAGGGUCAUAAACUCCAUCCGGGUGACUGUAAUCCUUAUGGAGGAGCUUCCCCACAUCCGCCCCCCUGCUCCAGGGAGGAUUGCAGCUUGGGUGGUCUUGGCUGACCGCUGGCCCUGCCGUCUGAGUUGGAUCCUGCAGUGCCUUGAAGACACUCAGCAGAGAACAGAGAUCGACCAUGCAGCAGGACUGGACACAACAGACUCCCUUGACAGCUCCACGACGCUCUGGCAAAUCUUCAGCAGGCACAGGCUCGAGCUGUACCUUUUGAAAGACGAGGUGGAGAAUAUUUUAGAAAGAGAUUGUGACCCGGAGCUUUUUGAGAAGUUCUUGAAGGUGGAUUUCCGGUUUACAGUAGGCGAGGCACAGGUGUUUGAACAGAGCACUGUUAACUUGAAUCACUCCAUCAAGAAUGAGCUGGCCAGGCUAAGGGGUAGCACAAGACUAAAAGACCCUACAUGGAAGAACUUAUCCCAUGCACUACCUAAACAAGUUGUAAUCAACAUGACUGCAGAAGAUAUCUGCAAGGAGAUGUCUCUGGUAGGUCUCCCUGAUACUUAUGCUGAAGUUGUGAAGGCAAACCACCUGAAUGGGAAAGCUCUCCUGUUCAAUGACCCUGCUGACCUAAAGGAAGUUCUUCAGAUGACCCUUGGGGAGUGGACCACAUUCACGCUCACCUUCCUUACCGGGACCUGUGGCAGUGGAGGGGGGCGUCAGGGGAAAAGCAAGCCUGCUCAGGCACAGUCACAGCCACAGCCACAGCCAGUCAUCACUGUCUGCCCAACUAGCCAUGGACACGUUGUGGCAUGUAAAACGACCAAUGUUUAGAUGGGGUCGGAGGUGAUGAGACCUGAUGAGGCCAUUGUGAAUAAUGUAAACUGAAUGAAAUUGUAGAUGAUGUAGUAUGGUUUUUGUUUUGUUUGUGCAACUUUGCAAAUACACCUGGUGAAGAAGGAAAACACUAAAUUAAUUUGAGAAGACCAUUAAUGUCUAAUAAACAAUCGGGAUAUAUUGUGAGGUUAAAUACACUGCCUUUCUUAUGUUUUCUGUAUGUGUCUUGCAUCAAUGAUUGAUAUGAACAUCUUACUAAAUCUGUUAUUUUCUAUUAUUAAAGCCGAAUGGUAUGGUUUGCAUUACA